GAGGAGGUGGCUAUGGCAGCUGCGCGGAGGCAACGGCGCCUGCGAAAGAGCGCGCGCCCGGCUUUGAAUGAGCGGUGCUGGGACUGAACAGGCGGAGCUCGAGCUCGAGGAAGCGAGCGGCAGCGCGCGCGCACGCUCCCUGAGUGAGCGCGCGGCCCGCGGCAGCCCGGAGCCUCCGCCGGGCGGGCGGGGAGGGGGAGGGGCAGGUUUUGAUUCUCACCAUGGCCAUCACACAAUUCCGGUUGUUUAAAGUUUGCACCUGCCUAGCAACAGUAUUCUCAUUUCUAAAGAGAUUAAUAUGCAGAUCUGGCAGAGGGCGGAAAUUAAGUGGUGACCAAAUAACUUUGCCAACUACAGUUGAUUAUUCAUCAGUUCCUAAGCAGACAGAUGUUGAAGAGUGGACUUCUUGGGAUGAAGAUGUACCCACAAGUGUAAAGAUUGAAGGAGGGAAUGGAAAUGUGUCAACACAACAGAAUGCUUUGGAACAACUGGAACCUGACUAUUUUAAAGACAUGACACCAAAUAUAAGGAAAACUCAGAAAAUUGUUAUUAAGAAGAGAGAACCACUAAAUUUUGGCAUCUCUGAUGGUAGCACAGGUUUCUCUAGUAGAUUAGCAGCUACACAAGAUAUGCCUUUCAUCCAUCAGUCUCCUGAAUUAGGUGACUUAGAUACCUGGCAGGAGAAUACCAAUGCAUGGGAAGAAGAAGAAGAUGCGGCCUGGCAAGCUGAAGAAGUUUUGAGGCAGCAGAAAAUAGCAGACAGAGAAAAGAGAGCAGCAGAACAACAAAGAAAAAAAAUGGAAAAGGAAGCACAGCGGCUAAUGAAGAAAGAACAAAACAAAAUUGGUGUGAAACUUUCAUAACCAGUGUUACUUGUUCUUCCAGUGUCAUAGUGCCACUAGGAGAAACCCGCACUCCACAACCCAAGCAACACUUUGUGGAUUUAAGAGUAUUUUCAGAAUACAAACACACUGCUUGAUUUUAAUGCAUUCAUCAGGUCAUCCAGGACACCAGGAUUCUCCCAAAGUACCUUGAACGCUUAGUGUUUGAGACUUAAAAAACAAAAAAGACGUAUGAAAUAAUAUUUUCUUCACAAGUUCCAAAAAGCAGACAGUUGGUGGCUGUAGAGGGAUUACUAUAAAUGGAACAUACCAGUACCUCUUCAAGCUAGUAUUUCUAGCUAAAUGGUGUAAAUAAUUUUAUGGUGGAAAAUAAAUCAAUCUUGCUGUCUGUUACGCUUUCCUUCAUUGUGCAUAAUGAUAAAAUAAAAUAAUUUUAA